GAAGAAAAGCUUUAGCACAGUCGAACAGCUACUCUUUUGUUUGUUUAUCACGUGAAAAUCGACGUUCAUUGCUUCUCAUGUCCGCUAGCACUGUCGCUUCCACCGCUGCGGAGGCGCCGACUGCUGCAUUGGCACCGCGAAAGGCCGCCUCCGCCGCCACAUUUGUGCGUGAGACGCGCUCGAUCAAAAUUCCGCACCACCGCUUCCCCCCGCUCAAGAAGGUGUGGAUGGAGGUUUACACCCCCAUCGUGGAGCAGUGCAAGCUGGAGAUCCGCAUGAAUCUGAAGAAUCGCACCGUGGACCUGCGCACCUCGCCGUCGACGUCGACGGCGGAAGGUGACGAGAACGUGGCUAGCUGCAAGGUGAUGCUGCAGAAGGCGGAGGACUUUGUGAAGGCCGUCAUCGCCGGCUUCGACGUCCGCGACGCAGUGGCACUGCUGCGCAUGGAUGACGUAUACAUUGAGGGCUUUGAAAUCAAAGACGUGCGUGCGAACCUGCAGGGCGACAACCUUUCCCGUUGCAUUGGCCGUAUUAGCGGUUCACACGGCAAGACGAAGUACACGAUUGAGAACGUCACCCGCACCCGACUCGUCGUGGCCGACACCAAGAUUUGGAUCAUGGGCACAACGCAGAACAUCCGCGUGGCGCGAGACGCCAUCUGCGAUCUUAUUCGCGGUAGCCCGGCCGCAAAGGUGUACACGCGCAUUCGCGCAGUCAUGAACCGUGUGAAUAACACCUUCUAA